CCAAUCCGCAACACCCCAAAUCACACCAUGUCAGGAAAAGGUGGCAAAGGAGGAAAAGGUGGCAAGGGCGGCAAGGCCCCGACCUCCAAGAAGGCACCGCAGUCCCGUUCCAGCAAGGCCGGACUCCAGUUCCCCGUAGGUCGUGUCCACCGUUUUCUCAAGAACUCGGUGCACCAGGGUCAUCGCGUCGGUGCCACCGCAGCCGUUUACACCUCCGCCAUUCUCGAGUACCUCACAGCCGAAGUUUUGGAACUCGCCGGGAACGCCUGCAAGGAUCUCAAGGUGAAGCGUAUCACACCCCGGCAUUUGCAAUUGGCCAUUCGCGGUGACGAGGAAUUGGACGCGCUCAUCAAGGCCACAAUUGCGGGAGGUGGUGUGAUUCCCCACAUUCACAAGUCUUUGAUCAACAAGUCCCAGGGAAAGGGCAAGAAAGCCAAGUUCUAAAAUAUCUCACAACAAAGGCCAGAGGGAAACGUACACCGUUUUUGUUGUCGUGUGUGUUUUGACAACCAGUGUUCUGUGACGCGAUGGGAGCGUCUUUUUCUGUUUGUUUACGAACUUGGCGUUUUGACGAAUUCACUGCACUAGCCUAUCCAAAAAGAAAGGGUAGAGUAGCGUAGCCGUACAUUUUCAGAACGAAACAGAAACUU